AUGCCACUCAAGACCUCGUGGCACUGUUCGUGCAACGCCACCUUUCCAGGUGACUUGUUGAUGGUUGUGGCGAAUCACGACCGCGUGGGCAACUGGAAUCCACAGAAUUCGGUCGUUCUGUCGACAGACGCGUCGUCCUUCCCAACAUGGCGCUCCGGCGAGGUGUGCUUCGAUGAGCAACAGCCCGUCCGGCUCGAGUACAAGUUGAUUAUUCGCCGAGCCUCGGGAGAAAUCUACUGGGAGCCGAUCCCCACCAAUCGCGUAGUCACGUUGACGGCCAACACAUCCUCAGUCAUCGAAAAUGUAUGGGGUUCGCUGGCCACCUGUUCCAUUACUUUUUUCCCCCUGCAACCCAUUCCUGGGCCGUCCUUCUACAAGCACGCGGCAGGCGGGUCCAAAAGAAAAGAUGUUCGCGCUGCGUCUCUCCACUCCGCCGCUUCAGUCUCCGACGGCUCGGGCUCCGACGACGGGGCAAGACCGCAAGUCGGCGAAUCGCGAAGAAUGCUGCACAGCGUCCAUGGACCGCCUGUCUCUUCUGGAACGGGAAAGGCCACAGCGGCCGCAGAGAGAGGGGGAAAAGGAUACAUCAUGCCACAUCACCAGUGCAACACCGGCCAGAGACGCGGGUCCACCAGUACGCAAGCUGCGGAUGAAGCAGCAGGCGGAGGGAAUCGUGUUUCCUUCAAACGGUCUGCCUUCAUUCUGGCAAACACUGGGCCCAUCACAAACUACUACACUGUAUCAAAGACGAUUGGCCGCGGCACUUGGGGAGAAGUGAAGCUCGUCAUUGACAAUGCAACGGGAGCGCGUCGCGCGGCGAAGAAGAUUCCCAAGUGUUACGUGGAAGAUGCAGAUCGUUUCCGCCAAGAAAUCGAGAUCAUGAAGAGCCUCGACCAUCCAAACAUUGUUCGUCUGUACGAGACUUUCGAGGAUAUGACCGACUUUUACCUGGUGAUGGAGCACUGCACAGGCGGUGAGCUCUUUGAUCGCUUGGUCCACCAGGGUGUCUUUACAGAGGCGCUGGCCUGCCGCAUCAUGCGGCAGAUCCUGGCAGCUGUCGCCUACUGCCACGCCCAUCGAGUCGCACACCGAGAUCUCAAGCCGGAGAAUUUCCUUUUUCUGCACGACAAUCCCGAAUCUCCCAUCAAGUUAAUCGACUUUGGCCUUGCCGCACGAUUCAAACCUGGUCAGCCCAUGCGGACGAGGGCCGGAACGCCGUACUACGUCUCGCCGCAGGUGCUGGAGGGGCGGUAUGGCCCAGAGUGCGAUGUGUGGUCUGCCGGCGUCAUGAUGUACAUUCUCCUCUGUGGAUACCCGCCGUUCAAUGCGCCUUCGGAUAGGGCGAUCAUGAACAAAGUCCGUGCAGGCCAUUACACCUUUCCGGACAGCGAGUGGAGUCGAGUGUCGCUACAGGCCAAGGACCUUAUCUCCCGUCUUCUUGACCGGCAUCCCCGGACCCGGAUCAGCGCAGAACAAGGCCUCCGCCACGCGUGGUUCGCCAUGCAUGCGCCAGGCGACCACUUUGAACCUCUAGGCCUGGAUAUCUUGAGCAAAUUCCGGCGAUUCCAGGGACUAAGUCGGCUGAAGAAGCUGGCGCUGACGGUGAUUGCUCAGCAUUUGGAAGACUCGGAGAUUGAGGGCCUCAAGAACGUGUUCACGCAGCUCGACACCGAGGGCGACGGUGUCUUGACAGUGGAGGAAAUCCGCAAGGGAAUCGAACGCAGCGGCGUCCACUUGCCCCCGGACAUGGUCCUGGAAGAAGUCCUCAGAGAAGUCGACACCGCAGGCACUGGAAGCAUCGACUACACAGAAUUCAUUGCAGCCUGUCUCCAUCAGUCGCACUACAUCCGAGAGGAGGCGUGUCGAGCAGCUUUCCGCGUGCUGGAUAUCAACGGAGACGGCCUCGUCAGCGCUCAAGAACUGCGCCAAGUGUUCCACAUGGCGGGAGACCUCGAGACAGAUGCAGCGGCGGAGCUGCUGGAAGCCGACUCGGACGGCGACGGCCACAUCACCUUUGAAGAGUUCUGUGGACUCAUGCGCAAGGUGCCGUCGCUCGCCCUCGUCACGGAGCACACCGUGUCGAUGAUGCGGCGAACCUGCUCGCGAACAAACAUCAGCGAGGCCAGUCUGACGCCUCGCGCCCCGGGGUGA